CGCCAUCUCUUGUAAAAGUUGCCCGGGGGGCGCCCUCUUUCAAUUCCCAUGCGAACUGGCACAACAUGGCAAACCACAAAUGUAAACAACUAGUUUUGAGGUUAGAAUCCUCGAAUAGGGGUUCUAUUAAAUAGGGCCCCUAAUAUGGAGUGCGAACCUUGGCCCAUGAAACUUUCGGGGUUCCCGAGGAGGGUCCAAAGGGCCCUGGAGCACCAAAAGCUCGAUUACGCCAAAAGACUGUUUUCCGACCCGGAAAACGCCAAUGAAAUAAGGGAAAACGUUUGGGACCUCCUUCCUUUAUUAGGCAAAUACUUGACUGAAAAAGCUCGGGUGUUCGAGCACGAAAACUUCAACUGUUGCAAGGAAUUAUCGGGGCUCCUGGGGGAGAUAUCGGAUCCGGAAGAUGCCCUGCUGGCGACCCUCGCUGAAAUCGAGUCUUGCCAAGAUGUCACCCUAUUUCUAGCGUUACUCGAACUAUUUCAAUUGAUAUUGGUGAAAUUAAAGGGGAAAAGGGGCCCCCCUUUUCUGGCCCAAGAGUCUUUGAACAUGUACGAGGCUUUUGUGGUCAAAAUGCCUGUGCCAAGUUACACGAAUUUUAGUGAAAAAGAGCGUUUAGUGGUGGACAAUGGGUUAGUGGUCUCGGAUAUUGUUCUGGUGGUGUCCAAAGUGCUGGAGGUCUAUGCAAACCUGAUUGAAACGAAUGGGGCCUCGUGGGUGUGGACUCUGGUGGCUCUAUUAGGAAAACCGUUAAGUUUCCUUAAUAUUAACAAGCAUAACGGAGUGAAAACUGAGGCAGGGGUGUUCUCCGAGGACAUUGUGACCUUAAUUUUUAAGUUUUCCAGUGAUCCGGUUGCCCUCGUGAAUAAUUGUGAGCCCAGUUACAGGACCGGCCUGGCAAAUUUAAUUUAUUUCAUUUAUUGUGAGGGAAAGUGUCUCGAAUUGUGCCCCAAAGUGUACAGAGCGGAGUACAUGUUUGAAACUUUUAUGGGCCCCAUUUGUUGGCUUAUGGAAAACUCAAAAAGUGAGGUUAUGCUUGAAAAAGCCCUCAAACUGGCCAAGGGUUUAAUUAAUCCUUUGCCAGGGCACAAUUUGUCUUUUUUAUAUUUGGAGUGUGACUAUCAGAAGCGGUUUUUUCUGUUGCUAAGCAAUGAGGUUGUAUUAAAUAGUGAGGAGGUGGUGCGGAAAAGUGCCUUGGAACUGUUAAGUCUCUAUUGCAAGUGUUUUGAGGUUAAGGGUCUCUAUUUGUUAGUGAAGAAUUUGUUGAAGGAGGUGUCCCAUGCAGGCCUAAAGGGUUACAUGAUUAACCUGUACAAAGAGAGACUCGUCAAGGAGUUCCGAGGGGACACAGUGCCAGAGCACUUCAAAGGGGCCAAGCUCCGCUCACUUCUGAGACAGUUCUGUGAUCUCGAUGAGGACAAAAAAAUGCUGCUGGAGCAAUUCGAUCAGAUUGUGUCCACUUUAAACUUGUUACGAUAUUUGAUCCUGAGGGACCAACGGAAUGUCACAGGCUUUUGGGACUUUGCCCCCACUCUCAAGACUAAUUAUUUGGAGCCAUUAGAGGCGUGCAUAAACGCCCAUAAGGAGGACAUUAGGAAAAAAAUUAGUGAGGGGCCAGCAAGUGGUUCGAAUAGGGGUGACGUGUCUGUCACGGUGGAUGGGGCUGAUUUACGCCCCCUGGGGCCCCAGGAGCAGCUGAGAGAGAUGCAAAUGCUUCUGGUUAUGUGCGAUCAGCUGCAGAGCCUUCUGGAUCGCGUUAACGAGCUUUUGUUUGUAAAUAAAUAGAGGUGGUUGCCUA